AUGGCCGUCGCCGCCAGCAGCGCCCCUAUCAUCCUCCCCCGGCGGCGGCGGCGGCGGCGGGUGGGUCGGUGCGCGGCCUCCUUCUGGCUGGCGCUGGCCUUCGACGCGGUGGGCCUGGCCAUCCUGCUGGGCGGCGUCUUCGCCGACGUCUUCUUCUCCGACCUGCUCAUCUACGGCGGGGGGAUCGGCAUCUUCCUCAGCCUCGUCUGGUGGGUCUUCUGGUACGUGGGCAACCUGGAGGUGCCGCCGGCCGAGCUGCAGGACGACGUCGGGCUCUCCGGGACGACGCCGCGGGCCAGGAGGGUCCCCGCCGCGGGGGCGGGCGGCCAAGGGCUGGGGGGCAGCGUCCGCUCCCUCGGCCGCCGCGUCUCCGGCGCCUUCCACCGCCCUCGCGGCGGCGCCUCCAACCCCCGAGUCGUGAUUGUUCGCUCGACGGCCGCCGUGGCGCUGGAGCUGGAGCCGGUCUGCGGGAAAGAAGUUGUGAGCAAGUAA